AUGAGACAGAAGGAGCUUCUUUUAGGAAAUAAAGAGCUGGAUUUGUUAAUCGACUGUGCACAGGCAAUAAAUCUGUCUGGAGCAAGCAUUCCUGGGAUAGACAAAAUCGUGGAUGUAGUCGAUACGGUGGAUGAUUAUGAAACAGUGCAUGCCCUGGCAAAAGGUGGGCACAGUGAAGUGUUUGUUGUAAGAUGCAAGUCUGAUGGAAAGAUAUAUGCACUGAAAAAAGUGUUUAAGCAGGACAUUAUCAAUGACCCACUAGUCAAUCCUAUAAUGAAGGAGAGAGAGUCUAUGAUAUGUGGGAGAAACUCCGAGUGGCUUCUGGGCCUGCACAAGUCAUUUCAAGAUAGAAAUGCUCUAUACUUUUUGACCGAUUUUAUACCUGGAGGAGAUCUAGGAAGUUUGUCAUGCAGAGAGGGUGUGCUUCCAGAGCGAAUGAUACGCUUUUUCAUUGGGGAGCUGCUAAUGGCACUGAGGGAGCUGCACGGCCUUGGCUUUGUUCAUCGGGAUAUAAAGCCUGAGAAUGUUUUAAUUGACUCAGAUGGACAUAUAAAACUUGCUGAUUUUGGAAGCACAACUAGCCUGUCUGCAAAUGACCAUCAUGUGGUUGUUGGCACGCCAGACUAUGUGGCGCCAGAGCUGCUGAAUAUGUGCGGCGGACUAAGUAUGAAAACUGACCUGUGGUCACUUGGGGUUGUUGUUUAUGAACUAGCAUUUGGGUGUUCGCCUUUUUAUCAUGAUACAAUUAGAGGAACAUAUGACAAUAUAAUGAACAUCCGGUAUACUAUGGAGAAAACGGGCUCUGCUGAAUUAUACGACUUAAUUAAAAACCUGCUCUGCGAAAAAGAAAGCCGGCUUUCUCUUAAUGAUAUUAUGUCGCAUGCGUUCUUUGCUGGGUUUGACUUUAGUGGGAAGGGUGCAAAUAAGGCUGAAUAUAUACCAACAGUUCUUUCGGUGGAGUCAGUAGAGAAUUUUGAGGUGGAUGAGUUCAUGCCAGCACAAACCACGCUUUUGAAUACGAUGGAUAAUGCACGGAAGUUUAUUGGGUUUGGAUAUGACCCAGACAUACGUGCUGAGAUAGCAAAAGAGAAAAAGCCUGAAAGCUCUACUGAGAAAACCUGUUUGGAUAAAAUGUACAUGGGCGCAGAGGUGGCAUCUGAGGGUUCUUCGUCAAAUUCUACUCUAUCAGUAGAGAAAGAGUGUGCAGAGGAGGUUGCACAGGACUGUAGCAGCAUAUGCAGUCUAUGCAAAAAAUCAACAGCACCUUUACAAGAAGAGGCCAGCUCGGUUGUAGUCUUAACAAAAGAGAGAGAACUUGAAGAAGAAUGCCAGGAGGAGUCUAAAACAUCUAAUGAGCUAGUAGAUACAGAGGAGUCAGACAAAAGUACAUCAGGCCAAGUAUAUGACGAGUCUGCACAGGAUAAGGAACCUAUUAUAACCAACAUUGAAAUAUCAAAGAAAGAUCUACAGGAUAGGAAAAAAAGCCUAGAUGUACCACAGGCAUCCGAGGAAACAAGCUUUGCAAACAUAAAUACACAGCUUGACAUAAAUUUGGAAUGUUCACAGGAGAAAGAAAAAGUAUCUGCAGUAGAGAAAAUAGUAAAAAAUGAAGAUUUUGUGUGCUUUUCGGGUAAUUUGGGUGAAGAUCUGGAAAAACGGAAAGCACAGAAAGAGCGGGAGAAUAUAAUAGCAUAUAUUUGUGAAAUAGAAGAGUCAUUCAAGAUGGGAUACGAGCAUCUGUUAAAGAUAGAUACCUCACCUCUUGUAAAGAGCAUGGAGUACAUUGAGCAAGAAAUUCAGGGAUUUAUAGCCGCAGUCAAAGAGUCACAGAGAAGAGAGUCAGAAAGCGCAUUUCAAGCCAGAUGGGUGAUAAGAAAGCUACAAACGGAAAUACGGGAUACGCAAGGCCGAAUAGAACGAGAGGUGGAGACGCGAUUAAAGCUUACAGAGCAAAUAGAAGAAGCAAGGGUAGAGAACAAAGAGCUGCGUGAGCAAAUAAGGCGGCUAAAACUAGCCUCAAAUGUAUAUAACUUUCCUAUUAAGAUAUAUGUUGAUAAAAAGUGGGAAUCAUCAACGUUACAGCUUGAAGAAGACUAUCUACGUAUAAAGGACAUCUGUCUUCCGCUGAACAAAAUAUACUUCCAGGACAUAAAGAAAAACGAGCUUCUAAGAAUUAACUCAAAAGCAGAGCUUCUUUCUUUCAAGCUGCUUCUUCCUUCAGAAGAUGAUGUGUACACAGAGCAAACAGAGUCUUCAUCUGACCAGGUGGCCUGCACAGGAGAGAAUGCUGAAUUGAAAAAAGAGCUGGAGAAGGAGCUUCAAAUUCUUGAAGGAAUUGAGAAGAUGAUUAGAAGCACAUCUACAUCCUGCAAAACGAUCAUUCCGAUGGCACUAAAACAGAAAGAAGGGACAGAAAAGAAAAUAUCUGAAAUCCAGCAGGCACUUUCUCAAGGAUUUGCAGCAGAUCCAACAAUCAUUCGCUACAACAAUCACACAUUUAAAGUCACUACUUUUAAACAGGGCGUCCAGAACUGGUGCCAUGUAUGUAAUAGGCUUCUAUACGGAGAGGUAAAGCAAGGUCUUCUCUGCAAGGGAUGUAAAAUGGUCUGUCACAAGGAGUGUCACACGCUAAUUGUCUACUCGUGCGAGCUGCAGCAAGCCAUGGAAAGAGGAACAUCUAUAAUUCUAAUGGCAAAGCAGCUGGAGGACAAAGACAGAAUCAAAGCUAUUGUAGGAAGUGGUCAGCCAUAACCCAAAUAUUUCAGUUAUAUUUAAAUAAAACCAGUAAAUCA